UUUCCUCUCCAAGCACCGGUCACCACCACACCGUCACUUCCCCUUCUCAGCCCAGUGGAAACCGCCGAAAUGUCGUCGUCCCCGGCGCCGUCGCCGCGUGAGCACGUGGAGAGGAUCCGACGCGACCGCUACUUCAUCGGGCGCGGCGAGCAGAACCCGCUGGCGGAGGACAUGCACCAGGCCGUCAACUACCUCAGCCAGGAGCUCUACUCCAAGGACGUCCACUCCCUCAUGGAGCUCGUGCAGAACGCUGAAGAUAACGAAUACCCUUCUGGAGUAGCUCCUUCUUUGGAGUUUCUAAUUACUUCGAAGGACAUUACCGGAUCAGGUGCUUGCUCAACUUUGCUCAUCUUCAACAAUGAGAAGGGAUUCUCGGCAACCAAUAUAGAUUCCAUCUGUCGUGUUGGGAAAUCAACAAAAAAGGGAAACAGGCAUCAGGGUUACAUCGGAGAGAAAGGCAUUGGGUUCAAGAGUGUAUUCCUGAUAUCAAGUGAGCCGCAUAUAUUCAGUAACGGCUACCAGAUCAAAUUCAAUGAGAAACCAUGUGCUGAAUGCAACAUUGGAUACAUUGUCCCUGAAUGGGUGGAAUCCAUGCCAAGCUUUUCAGACAUCAAAACCAUAUAUGGAUGCUCCAAAAUCCUACCUACAACCACCAUCAUCUUACCGUUAAAGAGUGAGAAAGUUGAUGUGGUGAAGAAGCAACUGUCAAGCAUGCAUCCUGAAAUGCUACUCUUCCUGUCAAAGAUCAGGAAGCUUUCGGUCCGAGAGGAUAACUCUGAUCCAAACAGUAGCACUGUUAGUGAGAUCUCAAUUUCCAGUGAAAGGAAUUACCAAGCUAGGAAGAAUAUGCAUGCAGAGUCUUAUACACUCCACUUGUCAGCUGAAGAGAGUGGUAAAGAAGAAGAAUGUGGUUACUAUAUGUGGAGGCAGAAAUUCCCAGUCAAGCCAGAGAACAGAGUUGACAAACGUGCUGAAAUCGAUGAAUGGGUGAUAACCCUGGCCUUCCCACAUGGCCACCGUCUGUCCCGUGGGAACCAGCUAUCACCUGGAGUCUGUGCUUUUCUCCCUACCGAGGAAUGUUGAGUACCAUCUCCUGGCUGUGAUGAGUGAAUUGUCAACCGUGCAGUGUGAUCAUGUGCUUGGUCUUUGGUUGCAGGUACACGGGCGUCAAGUGUCGACGGAGAGCUACCGUGGAGGUGCUGUGGCCGAUGGACCGUGCGGUGGACGACGGUGAAGGGCAGCCGGGACUGGAGCUUAGGCCGGGCGGCGGCUGUCGCGUCCACUCCUAGAUCGAGGGCGCAAGCAGCGACGGAAGGCGGGUUUCUUGGUUUGCGCCACAAAACCAAGCUGGCGGACGGCGGUUGAAGAUGCCAAGUCGU